AUGUCUAUAGUGUCUUUCUUUUUUAUUUCUUUUUUCUUUCUUUUUCUUUUUUGUUUUUCGUCUUUCCUUUUCUUUUUCUUUCUUUUUUCUUUCUUUCUUCUUUUUUGUUUCCUUUUCUUUUUUCUUACUGUUUUCUUUCUUUCUUUUGUCUCUCUCUUUCUUUUUCUUUCUUUCUUUCUUUCUUUUCUUUCUUUCUUUCUUUCUUUCUUUGCAUUAACUUGUCUUUCUUUUUUUCUUUCUUUUUUCUUUCUUUUUCUUUUUUGUUUUUCGUCUUUCCUUUUCUUUUUCUUUCUUUUUUCUUUCUUUCUUCUUUUUUGUUUCCUUUUCUUUUUUCUUACUGUUUUCUUUCUUUCUUUUGUCUCUCUCUUUUUCUUUCUUUCUUUCUUUCUUUCUUUCUUUUUUUCUUUCAUUUAUCUUUCCUUUACCUCAAUCUUCUUCUUCUUCUUCUUCUUCUUCUUCUUCUUCUUCUUCUUCUUCUUCUUCUUCUUCUCAGUCUUUACUCAUUUUCUGUCACUAUAUGAUAUCUAUCUAUCUAUCUAUCUAUCUAUCUAUCUUAUUUUAUUCAUAUCUAUCUAUCUUAUUUUAUUCAUAUCUAUCUACCUCAGUCUUACUAUCUAUCUAUCUAUCUAUCUAUCUAUCUACCAUUAA